AGCUGGGAUAUGUGUCAGGAAGCUGAGAGAGUGACUAACUUACGUGUUGUGACAAGGACAAAUGUCCUACAGAUUUACUCAUGGCCUCUCUGUUGCUGUACCGCCAACACAGGGGCUUUCUCCACGGCCACAUCUUCCUCUGCUGCAGCCCACCCUGCCCUGCGCUCCAGGGGUGCAGCAUGGGGGCCCCUGGGUGCUCCCCACACAGCUCCUCCCACGCCUGGCCACAGAGGAAACACACCUAGGCCUCUCAUGUCCACUCACCUCAAAGCCGGUUCUGAAAUAGGGCCCAAAUCCCCAGUCAAUGCCAACCCCUCCACCACCCCCGGGGCCACCUUCGCCAUCAGGGUUGAAACCACGCCCCCUACAGUCUUUGUCUACAAGUCUACCACUGAGUGUAUAAAUCCCAGGACCCUUGUCUUUACCGCCACCUACCCCACCACCACCUGUAUGACCAGGAUCAGAGUGCCCCUCACUGGUUCAUACACUACCACUCCCGUGACACAGAAGCCAGUGACAACCAUCACCAGGACUUACCCUGUCACCACUACCCAGAAGGUGACCUCAGUCAUGACCUCUACCACUAUGGGGAGCACCUCCAUGAUAAUGGCCAUACCCUCCUUCUCUUCUUCAACCUCAGAUACCACCAGGGACUCUGUGACCUCCUCUAUAAAGGGGACCACAGGAUGGAAUACCCUGACCCCAUCAGGUGUCCAUGCAACCAAGUCUCCAACCCCAGGAAUGACCUCUCUGACUGCUACUGUCCCUUCUCUAAUGCCAACAAAAACCUUCCUAACAAGAGUCACUAGUAACACCUCAUCACCCACCACUAGGGGUAGUUUGGUCACAACACAGUUUCCUAACACCAGCAGCACAUUUGAAACAGAAACUGCCACCACGCAUUCAGCUGGUGCCACCCACAGAUUAACAACACCUGUUGCUUCGGCUUCUGUGCAAACACACACUCAUCCAGACAAACCAACAAUGAUAAUGACGUCCAGGAAAACCACACACACUCCCAUCGCUGACACUCCCAGAGAAACUCCCACCACAGAAAAGAUAUCCUCCUCCCCAGGGAUGUCAACUGUCACACUGGCCGGUACACUCCUUACCUUGAAACCCAACACUGCUCCACCAGUGGCCUCAGAAACCUUAACAAUACCAAAAAGCACGCUUCUAUCUUCCACAAACCCCACUACCAACCACACGAGGUCCACCGUGUCCACAACUGGCAUCACCUCAGCUCCCACCACCUCAGGUACCAUGGAAACUUCCAGAAUAGUAAUAGCAGCUUCAACGAGUAGAGGUUUCUCCACCACAACACCGACAUCUAGCAGUCACUCAAGUGAGAUCACAACAGGCUUGUUCUCUGUGGGGACAGGACUCAUUUCAACCCAAAGAGCAACCCAGAGCCAUUUCAUUUCCUUGUCCCCCACCGUCCAGAACACAGAAACACCACGGGCUAGCACCACCCUGACCGCCACUCCCAGCGUGACCACUAAUCUCAUGAGUUCUGGAAGCUCCCCAACAGGUUCCCUGGCAACAGGGACUCCAGCCACAUCUGCACCCUCCUCAACCAUGGCAGCCAGCAGCUCUUCUGCCAUGACCAGCAACAUGGUCAUGUCCCCCACAAGUACAAUCCAGUCUUCUGCCCAAUUCCCAGGCACACACCCAGUCACUGCUGCCACUACGCACACCAUCCCAUCAUCUCCCUUGGUCACCACACUCCCAACCACCACUGCCACGUCUACAGGGUCAUCAGAGAUAUCCUCAGCCAGUUCUCCCUCUAGUGGUGUCACACAUUCCACAUCUGAUGUCACCUCUCCUUCCACCAUGACACACACACAGACCAGCAGUGCUGCUUCCCUCACUCCCACCUGGUUCUCUGUGUCCACCUCAGAAACCUCCAAAACUUAUCUCACAAUGCAGGUGACUGUGGCCACCAUGACCACCUCUCAUGGCACACACAGUGUCACCACUUCCAAUGUCUAC